UUGGCACUCGUUCAGCAUAUCCUGUGAGCGAUCUCGGGUUAUACAUGGUGAUGGAUAGGAAAAAGGAAGCACGUCUUUCGAGGGACAAGCAACGUUACCACAUACACCGGAACCUUCGGAGACACGCUGACAAGAAAGAUCCGUCUCCGUUCUGGCGACUGCUGUCCUGCAGCGGGAUCUUCCCCGACGUGUCAAAUCGCGGGAUCGUUGAGGCCGGAUUGUCACCGAAUAGAGUCAUGGUACACGGUACCGUCACGCCGCCGCGAGCAUCGCAGUCCCCGAAAGCUUGCGCGCCGAAGAUGGGAUUGAAGCUCUAUAAGUAUGUCUAUUGUGAGCGAUUGGCUCCACAAACUCGGGCGCACCUUGGGUGGUUCUGGAGAUGAUUGUCGUCCGCGUCUUCCUAUGGCUGAUUCGGGUGCUGCGUGCCUAUCUCCUCGCUUCCCUCGUCACCCUAUUUCCGGCACCGGCAGUGACCAGCACGCCUACAUCCUGGUCGGCAAGCCCAGACUUCGACAUCGAUCCCUCCACGGGAUAUAUACCGUCGUCUCCCUUGAUCUGCCUUCCUACUCCCUUCGAUGCCUGGGAGGAUCUUUUGGAACAGGCACAGAGUUUUCUGCAUCUUGGCGAUGGCGUAGAUGCGGAGUUAAUUGGCGGAGGGCGCGAGGGCGACCUGUGGAGAAGUCGCGUACAAGGACUGCCUGUCUUGGACCCAUCGAAACUGUUAGACCUUCGACAGUUGCAGCGCGCUCACAUGGUCUUGGCGUUCCUCGUCCACUUCUACGCCCAUUCGACGCCGGUCGCGAAAAGGACCGGGCCCGUCAUCAUCCCGAGGUCCUUGUCGAUCCCGCUUGUCAUCGUCUCGGGAAAGAUGGGAAUCGCCCCCAUCCUGACGUUCGCGGACACCGUCCUUUGGAAUUGCGAGCGCACGGAUGUCUCUGUGCCGCUAUCUUUGCAUAACGUGAGGCCUCGCGUCACGUUUUCAGGAACCGACGAUGAGCGGGCCUUCUAUAUGGCCUCGGCAAGGACAGAGCUCCUAUGCGCUCGAAUUCUUCACAUAAUCCAGGAAUAUAAUAAACUCGACCACACUCCUUCAAUCGAUACUAUCACGCAAUGCGCAGGUUACUUAGCACAGCUCGAGACCAUCACGGAAGAGCUCACGGAGUACCUCGCCCAUAUACGUGACGAGGUGGACCCACACGUAUUCUAUGCCACCAUUCGCCCGUGGUUCGUUGGGAGCGAUCCAAAGAGCGGGCUGGAGCAUAGUUGGGUUUACGAAGGAGUGCCAAGUGACGGACUAGAGCUCGAUGGCCCUUCUACAGGCCAAUCCACCGCCCUCCAGUCCUUGGACGUCUUUUUGGGGGUUGAUCAGCAGAUGGAAGGAUCGAGCGGAUUGCAUCGCGGACCUAGGAGUGACCAAGGAUUCAUGCAGCGAAUGCGAAAGUACAUGCCCAGGAGUCACCGCGAUUUUCUUGAGGAACUCGCCACAGGAGAUGGACGGAUCCGAGACUUAGUCAAGCGAACGCCCGCUCUGCACGACCGGUACAAUUCGUUGGUGAAGGCGUUAACGAGAUUGCGGGACAUGCACAUGCGCAUCGCGACGCUGUACGUUGUGACCAUGGAGAGAUCCCAUCGUCAUACCGGGGCACGAUGCCCAUUCUCCAACAUGUCGAGUCGGGUGAACUCCGAGGACACAGGGAAGACAUCGGUGAGGGGAACUGGAGGCAACGAGCUAUCUGCUUUGCUCAAAGCAGCCCGGGACGCGACCAAGAGAACAAUGAUCAAUAGCAUAUAAUGACUGUGUGGUAGACCUGGAGUCCUGGACUGUAGGCCCU